AUGAGUGACGUUGAUGCAUCACCACAUAGAGAAGAAGGAGGAGAAGAGGAAUGUGUGGAAACAAAGGAGAACAAUGGUGGUGAACAGGGAAAUAAUCAAAAUAUAUCAGCUCCAGCAGAUGGUGAGGAAGUGGAUCAUGUAUGUGUUUUUGCUACGGAAGAUGAAGAUUGUACACCGCUCGAGCUACCUCUUGCAUCCGAUGGUACUUUGCCAUGUUUCACCUUGUCGCAUUCUUUUCCAAAGGCGGUCGGAUUGAAGUAUAAGAAUCCCGCAACAGGCUUAUUUCGUAGCCUCCCAGUGGAUGAAGGGAAAAAAUGUGUGCUGGCGCCGAAAGGAGGUUGGCAUGGUCAUCGCUAUGUAGCGAUCAUCGAUGAUUCGUUAUCGUCGAGUGACAGACUGGAAGGGCAGUGCGGACAGACUGAUCGAUUAAACAUGCCCGUUGAUCUAUUCGUCCGCAAUCUAUCAUUCAAAACUACUGAGGAACAGCUCAAAAAGUUUUUCGAGCAGUACGGUGAAGUGCAAUACGCUGAGGUGAAGAAGGAUUACAGAACAGGUCUUCCUAGGGGCUAUGGUUUUAUCAAGAUGAAAACAUUGGAGGAUCAAGAAAAAGUGUUAAAAGAAGGCGAUUUCUACAUUGACGGUCGCAUGGCUCAGGUAAAAUAUCCGGAUCAUGGACAAGAUGGCGGAGACCAGGAUGAUCGAAUUACAACGAAAAUCUAUGUCGGUCGGGUGUAUGCUGAAAUUACAGAAGGAGACCUUCACAAAUUAUUUGAUGAAGAAGCAAAGAAAAUAUCACCACUUGCCAAGGUUGAGCGAGUGUUCCUACCUAAACCAUGUCGUGGUUUCGCAUACGUGUCGCUAAAUGAUCCUAAAGUGGUUAAACGUCUUUGUCAAAUUCGUGAUUUUGUUUGUGCCGGUAAGAGUAUUUAUGUUAGUAUACCUCGUCCAAAGAAACAGGAAUCGGAAUCCAUUCGUUACUCUGGAAUGAGAGACUAUCGUUCGCAUCCAUAUCGAUCAUCUUAUGGUCGAUGGGACGAUGAGCCGGUAAGUCGUAAAGGUUAUUACAAUGAUGACCCAUAUGCCGGGCGAACACGAAGUUUGUUUGAUGAUUUUCCAUCUUCUGGUGGAUAUGGUAGUCGUUCUGGAGACAUGUAUGGAGGAGGCGGGUACACGGGAAGCGGUGGUUACGGUUCGGGUGGUUCAUCUAGAAGCUGGCGAUAG